AUGACCGACUUCGACACAGGCCCGCCCUAUGGCUUCUACCUCCGCCACAACGGCUCCUGCCCCGAGAGCCAAAUCCAAUGCAGCUCCCAAGCGCAAUGGUCCGACGACUACGGCGAGUGGUUCAACUGCUGCCCCGAGGACACCGUCUGCGUCGAUAAUACAUGCUGCCCGAGCACCUCCGGUUGCAAGACGGCCAUCGAGAGCGACCCGCACUGCGCGAACAAUCAGACCUGGGACCUGUACGAGCAGGGCGGCGGGUUCUUCUGCUGCGAGCAGGGCACGAUCGGGUAUGUGAAUAGCGGGCUGGAGGUGGGUGGUGAGCAGGCGAGUGGUGUUGCUUGUGCGGAACAUUGGAUGCAGGGGGAUAAUUAUGAUCUGUUGACUGCUCUUGCGAAGGGGACACCCUCUCCAACACCAACGCCGUCCUCUUCUGCGUCAGCCUCAGCAACCCCAACGCCUACAUCAGAUUCAGACUCCGGCUCAGGCCACUCCAAGACCGCAGCCAUUGUCGGCGGCGUCGUCGGCGGCGUCGUCGGUGGACUUGCCGGACUGGGCCUCAUUAUCGGCCUGGUUUGGUACGUAAGGCGCCGCCGACGACAGCAGGGACAGGUUCAGGCCGCAGACCCUGCGCUCCCUACAGCCAGUCAGGGCGCGCCCGUGAAUGAAUACAAGGGGGCAUUUGGGGAGCUGCCUGAUACGCAUGUCCGAUCGGAGCUGUCAGGGUCUCCUAACCAGAUGGCGCAUGAAUUGCCUGCUGAACCGGCGAGGUAG